AUGUCUCGAGCGGCGCCUCGCCCCCCGUCCGCCCUCCAUCCAGCAGCCAGCCCCCCGCCCACACGCCGCCUCGCCACCAUCCUCUCCUUCCCCGCCCUCUUUCUCCUGGCCAUCCCCUUUUGGUGGUAUACAACUUCUAUCGAGCGACUGCCCCUUCCCGAGUCCAGAAUAGAGCACCUCACUAGCACAGAUUCGCCUACACCCCACGCCCAAAUACUCUUCACAGCCGACCCCUCUGCGUUCCCUGCCUCACCGCCUGGCCGUCACCAAUACGAAACGAAAGAGAUACUCCAGAGCCUCGGGAGAGAAGUCACAAAGGGCGUCGACGGGAUCUAUGCUCGAAAGCCGGAGAAGGAGAGAGAUAUUCGGAGGUGGGAUUUUGUCUACACAGGUGAUCAAGAGGCGCAAAGAACGCCCCUCAGAGUACAUCUCAGGCGGUGGGAGUACGCUAAUAGCUCUUUUCCCCUCGAGCCCUACGUGCAACCGGCCGAGAUACACUACAAGAUAGCAUUGAUAAAUUCGAUUCUAUCUGUCUUUCCUCCCAAUCCUCCCGACUUGCCACUCAGAGCCCUGAAAUACACUCCCAAUAUAACCUUGAGCUUUGUCCUACUGAACGAGGAUGCCACUGAAGGGAGCUAUGUAAGGGGGUGGGAUAUCGAUCAGGCUAUCAAAGAUCACUUUCUGGCUCAUCUGGAACCGCUCAGACCAGUGUUCAACUUUACCAUCGAGUCCCAGAUCUUAUUUCAUGCCCCGCUCAGCUUUGAGCCUCGCUUGGGACUCAUACCCGAAGAAGAACAGGAUCAGGCGAUUGAUGAAGGUGUGGAAUCCGUCAACUCGGCCUCUGCCACCGACGCUGCCAAGGGGGCAGAGGUGGGGGCAUUCAUCAGUGAAACGGUGGACAAGCGAGGGGAACGGGUGUGGGUGAUUGACGAAGAACAUCUGAAGAUAUUCGUCAACUCUGAAAAGUGGUCGCUUGACUCUGGUAGUACCAACAACCCAGUGUUGAGAUUCUUGCUCUACGUUCCCAGCAAGCAACACAGACCCAUGCGUCUCGCGUCUCCCGAUUCUGCCCACUCAUUUCUUCUUCCUCAGUUUGGUGGAGUCGUUGUCAUCAAUCCUCCAGAGACGUCUGCCCCGGCAUAUCAUCUCUCUUCACCUGCUCUUACACCGGCAUUUCACCUGUUCACUCAACACCUUUACUCUCUCCUCGCCCUACCCCGCCUACCAUAUGAGACGAAUAAGCUACAUAUCCCACCCGCAUCCUCUCCUUUCCACCCUCAAUCCAUUUCUUUACAGCCUCUCACUCCGUGGCAGGUCCAUCAGGUCGAGCUCGCGAGGAUGCGGGAGAAUGCGGUGGAGGCAAGGAAAACGUUGAUGGGUAUCGUGCGUCUGGUGAGAAAGAUUGUGGAGAUGAAGGUGGGAGAGGGAGUGAGGAGAAUGGUCAGUGGUGCAGUCUCGAGACUCGAAGAAGCUCAAAGGACCGAUGGUAGAGAUGUCUUGGAAACAUUCACUCUCAUCAGAGACGCUGUCACUCUCUCAAAUAGAGCAUUCUUUGACCCGUCUAUGAUGGGCUUGUUCUACUUUCCCGAUGAGCACAAGUUUGCCAUGUAUACUCCGCUGUUCGCCCCUAUCGCUGUACCGCUGAUCCUUGGGUUGAUUAAAGAGUUCGUGGCUUGGAAAAAGGUCAAGUCCCAGAAGAAACAUGCGCUACAGGACGAAGGGAAGGAAGCAGGCGGAGAUUUGAGACCGGUAGAAGGCGACGUUGAUGAAGAGCCGAAGGGCGUCUAUGGCGAGUAG